AUGAGCAAACAAAAGUCGACAACAACUGUUAUCAGAGGUGCAACAGCGAUGCCUAGCACCACCACUAUUACCAACGCGAACAAUCGCGCUGCUGCUGUGCUGCCUCGACCUAGGCGUCGGGUUCUUCAAAAUUUCCGGCUUCUAUGGCUUGAUGCCAAAUUGGAUGAAUCCAAUGACGAUUUCAAGAAAUCGUUUCGACGUCUGCGACGUGUUGUAGCAAGCAUCGAAACAUUUAAAGAUGCUCAAGAAUGCAUUGAUUUUCUCAGUGCCGUCACAAAUCAAAAGGUAUUUAUGAUCAUAUCUGGUUCACUGGGACGGCAAAUAAUAGCAGAUAUUGAAGCAUGGCCACAACUGGAGUCAGUCUAUGUAUUCUGUCGCAACCAAGCAGCUCAUGAACAAUGGGCCAAUAAAGUACCAAAGGUUAAAGGUGUAUACACAAAAAUCAAACCAAUCUGUAAGGCCUUGCAAAUCGAUCGUGAAAAUUGUGAUCGAGCAAUGAUCUCGAUCAGCUUUAAUGGUCGUGAUGCCUUAUUUAUGUAUACGCAAUUAUUAAAAGAAGCACUUUUGGAAAUUGAAGAUGACGAUGUCAAAUCAAUUAAAGAUCUCGUAGAGUACUGUCGCCUACAAGAUGAUGUUGAUGAAGGUCAAAUUAGGAAGGUCGAAAAUGAAUAUCGUGAUCAUACACCAAUAUGGUGGUAUACGGCUGAAACAUUUAUAUAUCCCAUGCUCAAUCGUCGACUCCGAGAAAUGGAUGUCGAUAUUAUCCUGAAAAUGGGCUUUUUCAUCCGUCAUUUACAUCAACAUAUUACAAAAUUACAUUAUGAACAACAAGGAAACAUGCCAACAAAAUUUCAAGUCUUUCGUGGACAAGGUUUGACCAUGGAAGAUUUUGAAAAAAUGAAAAAAACCAAAGGAGGACUUAUGUCCUUUAAUAACUUCUUAUCAACAAGUCGUAAUCGUCAGAUAUCUUUCAACAACUUUACACGACCAGCAGCAUUAAAGACAAAUUCAGUUGGCAUACUCUUCAUUAUGAACAUUGACACGGCUAUUUGUACAAAUUCAUCGACACCUUUUGCCGAAGUAACUAAAGUUGGCUACUACAAAGAUAAAGAGGAAGAAAUACUCUUUUCAACACAUGCGAUUUUUCGUAUCGAUCGCAUUGAACGAAUUCACGAUAAUCACUCUGAUCGGCUAUACGAAGUUAAUCUCACUAUUGUCGGUAAUGACAAUCACGAAUUAAACACACUUACAGCACAUAUACGUGAGGACCUUGGUGACCGCACAGGAUGGUCUCGACUUGGGUACAUACUUAUUAAAUUGGGUGAGCCUGCAAAAGCUGAACAACUCUAUCAAAUUCUCCUCGCAAAGGCGUCUUCUGAUCAAGGUCGAGCGGAAUACAAUCAUCAACUUGGCUGGGUGUAUUAUAACAUGGGAGAGUAUUCAAAAGCACUUUCAUAUUACGAAAAAUCACUGGAUAUCUACAAGAAAAUUCUCUCUCCAAAUGAUCUCAGUUUGGCUUGGUCCUACAACAACAUCGGCUUGGUGUAUAAUAACAUGGGCGAGUACUCAAAAGCACUUUCAUCGUAUGAACGAUCACUUGAAAUCCGUAAAAUAGCUCUCCCUCCGAAUCAUCCCGACUUGGCUACUUCCUACAACAACAUCGGUAUGGUGUAUGAUGAAAUGGGCGAGUACUCAAAAGCACUUUCAUCGCAUGAACGAUCACUUGAAAUCCAGAAAAUAGCUCUCCCUUCGAAUCAUCCCGACUUGGCUGCUUCCUACAACAACAUCGCUGUAGUGUAUAAUGAAAUGGGCGAGUACUCAAAAGCACUUUCAUCGUACGAACGAUCACUUGAAAUCCAGAAAAUAGCUCUCCCUCCGAAUCAUCCCGACUUGGCUGGUUCCUACAACAACAUCGGUAUGGUGUAUGAUGAAAUGGGCAAGUACUCUAAAGCACUUUCAUCGUACGAACGAUCACUUAAAAUCAAGAAAAUAGCUCUCCCUCCGAAUCAUCUCAGUUUGGCUAACACCUACAACAACAUCGGAAUCGUGUAUGAUAAAAUGGGCGAGUACUCAAAAGCACUUUCAUCGCAUGAACGAUCACUUGAAAUCCGUAAAAUAGCUCUCCCUCCGAAUCAUCCCGACUUGGCUCAAUCUUACAACAACAUCGGGUUGGUGUAUAAUAACAUGGGCGAGUCCUCAAAAGCACUUACAUCGUAUGAACGAUCACUUGAAAUCCGUAAAAUAGCUCUCCCUCCGAAUCAUCCCGACUUGGCUUAUUCCUACCUCAACAUCGGUAAUGUGUAUCAAGGCAUGGGCGAGUACUCGAAAGCACUUUCAUCGCAUGAACGAUCACUUGAAAUCCGUAAAAUAGCUCUCCCUCCGAAUCAUCCCGACUUGGCUGCUUCCUACAACAACAUCGGUUCGGUGUAUUAUAACAUGGGCGAGUACUCGAAAGCUCUUUCAUCGUAUGAACGAUCACUUGAAAUCCAGGAAAUAGCUCUCCCUCCGAAUCAUCCCGACUUGGCUUCUCCCUAUGGCAACAUCGGUUUGCUGUAUGAGAAUAUGGGACAGUACUCGAAAGCACUUUCAUCCCUGGAAAGAGCACGUGAUAUCUUCGGAAAAUCACUGCCUCCAAAUCAUCCGAAUAUUGCGCGUGUGAAAACAUACAUUGACAAUGUAAAAAAGAAAAUGUAA